AUGCGUGAUCACGGUUGUUAUAUGUACGCUUCAACAAUCAGUGGUCACACUGGACAUGUAUCAAUGACUGUCGAGGAAAUGAGAGAAUGGAUGGGAGACUUCAGCAGUAGCAAAAAUGUCCCAAAAUUGAUGAGUAGGAUGGGGCAGUGCUUCACGCAGGCACAGCCAACUGUGCAAAUUCUGCAAGAAGUGUGCUGUGUCGAAGAUGACGUGGAAGGAGGUUCAGGGCACCCAGAAACUCGCGAACCUUAUUGUUUUUCGGAUGGAUGUGGUCGAGUAGCAUCUUCACUUGCUAGAAGGAUUGCGCUAGCCCUACAACUUGACGUUGUUCCUAGCUGUUACCAGGUUCGCUUCAAAGGAUUCAAGGGAGUGCUAGCUGUUGACCCUUCCUUAGAUUUGAGUCAGGAGUGUCCGAAAAUUGUCUUCAGGUUAGAUCUCGUAGAAUUAGAACUUUUUGAAAACUUCGAAAAUGCGGUAUCUGCACGUGUAAAGCCGAAAAAGAUCAGAUUGGCAAUGAAUUGUUGA